AUGGGUGCAAUCGUUGCGCCGAGCGGCGCCGAUGGAGUCCCCUUCCGCGCUCGCUCCGGCCACGCCCAUCACACGUGGGCUGGCACCUUCCACUCGCGUCCGGAGCUCUACAUCCAACCCGAGUCGCUCGAAGAGGUCGAGAAGGCCGUCAACCUCGCCCGCCAGCACCGCCGCCGCCUCGUCACCGUCGGCUGCGGCCACUCGCCCUCCCACAUCACGUGCACCUCGAGCUGGCAGCUCAACCUCGACCGCUACAACCGGCUCCUCUCCGUCGACCCCGCCACCGGGCUGGCCGUCAUGCAGAGCGGCAUCCGGCUCUACGACCUGUGCGACGAGCUCGACCGCCUCGGCCUGGCCAUGCCCAACCUCGGCAGCAUCAACCAGCAGUCCAUCGCCGGCGCCAUCUCCACCGGCACCCACGGCAGCAGCCUCCGCCACGGCCUCAUGUCCGAGGACGUGGUCGCCCUCAAGAUCACCCUGGCCAGCGGCAGGACCGAGUCGUGCUCGCGCGACGAGAAGCUCCCGCUCUUCCGCGCCGCGCUGCUCUCCCUCGGCGCCCUCGGCGUCAUCACCGAGGCCACCUUCCGCGCCGUGCCGGCUUUCGCCCUGCGCUGGACCCAGACCAUCGACGCCGACCGGCGGAUGCUCGACGCCUGGGCCGCCGGCGACCUGUGGACCCAGAGCGAGUUCGUCCGCGUCUGGUGGUUCCCCUACACCCGCCGGGCCGUCGUCUGGAAGGCCGACAAGACGGACGAGCCGCACGCGGCGCCUCCCCGGCGCAACUACGACGGCGCGCUGGGCUACCACCUCUACCAAAACCUGCUGUUCCUCGCGCAGCACGUGCCGCGCGUGCUCCCCUGGGUCGAGUGGCUCGUCUUCGGCAUGCAGUACGGCUUCCGCGACGGCGCGGCCGUCUCCGCCGUCCAGCCGAGCCGCGAGGCCCUGCUGAUGAACUGCCUGUACAGCCAGUACGUCAACGAGUGGGCCGUCCCGCUGCACAGGGGCCCGGAGGCCCUCGCGCGGCUGUCGUCGUGGCUGAACCGCCUCGCGCCCGGCGACCCGGGCUACGCGCCGCACGGCAUCCCGUUCUCGGCCGACGGGCUCUACUGGCUGAUGCGCGACCUCGGCGGGCGGCCGCACUGGGCCAAGAACUUCGGGUCGGGGGCCGAGGAGGUCGCGGCGUCGUACGACGGCGCGGACGUGCGGGCGUGGCGGGCGGUGCGGGACGGCGCGGACCCGGAGGGCAUGUUCGUGGGGCCGUGGCAUCGCGAGAAGGUGCUCGGCGCGGGGCCGAGGCUCGCGCUCGAGGAGGUCGAGGUCGCGAGGGCCCCGGCGAGGUUUUGGGGCGGGCUGACGGUCGACGGCGUCGUGGGAGAGGCUCGGCGAUGA